AUGUCGGAGGAGGAGGAGGAGCCGGAGCCCCCGCCGCCGUCCCUGCCGCCGCCGUCCCCGGGCGACCACCUGAGGGAAGCGCUGGAGACGUUCUGGGCGGCGCUGCGGCGCGGGGCCCCGGCCCGGCCCGAGCGGCUGGGCGCCCUGGCCGACUGCCUGGUCCUCCACUACCGGCUGCGCCACCGGACGCGGGAGGGGGACGGACCGGGGGACGGACCGGGCCCCGGCCCCGGCCCCGGCCCCGGCCCCGGCCCCGGCGGGCUCCUGGCCUGCUGCGGCUGCCGGGGCUUCCUCAGCGAGCCCGUCACCGCGUCGUGCGGCCACAGCUACUGCCGCCGCUGCCUGCGCAGGCAGCUCCGGGCCCGCUGCCGCCUCUGCCGGGACCUGCUGCCGGCGCCCCCGGGCCCGGGCCCGGUGCCCCCGGUGCCCCCGGGCUCCGCCCCCGCCCCCGCCCCCCCGGCGGCUCCCGGCCUCCGGACCAGCGUGGUGCUCGGCCACCUGGCCGACAAGUGGUUCCCGGGGCAGCGGGAGCGCGCGCGCGCCGCCGGGCGGCUCGGGGACCUGCUGCGCGAGGGACGCUUCGCCGAGGCCCUGCGACACGCCACCGACGCCCUCGACGCAGAGCCUGGUGACUUGACACUAAAAGUUUACAGAGCUGAAUCUUAUGCUGGUCUACAAGAGUUCAAGGCAGCCAUAGAAGAUCUAAAUGCAGUUCUCUCUCAGCUUCCAAACUGGCCCGAGGUCUACUUCAGGAAAGGAAAAGUUCUUCAUGCGGCAGGCUGUGUUGGUGAUGCCUUACAACUCUUUCUUCAGUGCUUAGCCCUCGAUGAGGAUUUUGCACCAGCAAAACUAGAAGUUGAAAAGAUUUUGUGUGACUUAUUGUCACCAGAAAAUGUCAAAGAAGGUCUGAAGGAAUCUUCCUGGAGUUCGCUACCGUAUAUUCGAAAUAAACCUUUUGUUCUCGGUUCGGAAAGGGAAGAGUCUUGCUGCCACUUACAGUUUUGCUCACCACAGAAUGAAGAAGUGCCAGAGGUCACUUCGGAGCCUGUCAGAGGAAGCCUGAAUCGUGCCCAGUCUGCACAGACUCUUAACUCCCCAGAAAUGUUCACCAAAGAAGAUGGUUUGAAAAGAGUUUCUUCUGAGCCCCUUCUCUCUGGUCAAGAAAAAAAUACGCUGCUGAAAAGGAAGCUGUCUCUCCUGGAACAAGAUGUUAUAGUUAACGAAGAUGGCAGAAAUAAGCAUAAAAAACAAGGAGACACGACAAAAGGGCUUGCGGCGAUGUCACUGGUGUGUGGAAACGUCCCAGAAGAUCUGAUAGAUGUGUCCGACUUUGAGUGCUCUUUGUGUAUGAGGUUAUUUUUUGAACCUGUGACAACUCCCUGUGGACAUUCUUUCUGCAAGAACUGCCUCGAGCGUUCUUUAGAUCACGCACCACAUUGCCCCCUUUGUAAAGAGAGCUUAAAAGAGUAUCUGGCAAACAGGCGGUUUAGUAUCACCCAGCUCCUGGAAGAAUUAAUACAGAAGUAUCUCCCCGAGGAACUGGCUGAGAGAAAAAGAAUUUACGAUGAAGAAAAUGCUGAGCACUCAAACUUGACCAAGAAUGUCCCAGUAUUUGUUUGCACUAUGGCAUACCCCACCGUGCCUUGCCCCCUUCACGUGUUUGAGCCAAGAUAUCGACUGAUGAUUAGGAGGUGUAUGCAGACUGGAACUAAACAGUUCGGGAUGUGUGUCAGCGACUCUCAAAACAGUUUUGCAGAUUACGGCUGCAUGCUGCAAAUCAGAAAUGUUCACUUCUUACCUGACGGGCGGUCCGUGGUGGACACCGUCGGAGGAAAGAGGUUUAGAGUUCUGCAGAGGGGAAUGAAGGAUGGCUACUUCACUGCCGACAUCGAGUACCUCGAAGACGUGGAGGUCGAAGAUGAGGGAGAGCAAAAGAACCUCAAAGAGCUUCAUGAUCUGGUGUACUCUCAGGCCUGCAGCUGGUUCCAAAACUUAAGAAACAGGUUUCGCAGUCAAAUCCUGCAGCACUUUGGGUCGAUGCCGGAGAGAGAAGAAAAUCUACAGGCCCCUCCCAACGGGCCGGCCUGGUGCUGGUGGCUCCUGGCGGUCCUCCCCGUAGACCCCCGCUAUCAGCUGUCCGUCCUGUCCAUGAGGUCUCUGAGAGAGCGCUUGGUGAAGAUACAGCACAUCCUGGUCUAUUUUUCCAGAGACCAGUCCAAGUGAGGCUCCGGCCCCCGCCGCACACCUAGUGCCGGGGUCCGAAGCGGGACCCAAACCUCGCUCUCUCUCUCCCCCGCCGCGACCUCCCCGAACCUCAGAACGGCCGCCAGGCUCGAGCCCACCGAUCCCUCGCCCGGGAAGGGCGGACCGUCCACCCCGGCGGCGGGGAAUCCUCUCCGUCACGAUGAGAGCGUGGCACUGCCGACCGAGAAGCCACGUCGCCGGCUCUGAAGCGAGAGGAGGACUUGGGUGUUCGGCCACGGGGCUCGGUCAAGGGUCCUAGCCCAAGUUUACAAAAACUAGGAACACACUCAAGUUGUCAGCAUAUCGAAUUUGCCUCAGACUUAACCGUCCUACUUGCUACUUUUUGCACAACUCCGUGAACUCUAGUACUGAACGUCACCGUUGGCCGGAAUGGCAGUUCCUGCCCGACCGUCUCGACCGCCAGUAUGGCACGGACUCUUCGUCGUGUAAAAUAUCUGGUCUCUCUAGAGCUGAACUCCUCAAUUUCACACACACACUCUUUCUUUUUCAGGAACAGUUUGCAAACCUAACACGGUACUGUGCUUCUAUUCAAAACUACACUUAAAACUGUGAAGAAAAAAAACAAACAAAAGCUGGUUUACAUAGAGGUGUACAUAGAGUUGAAUGGGGGAAUUCCCCAAUUCAGUACCUUGUUAGUUCGCAUGUUUGGGGGCUUUUUACACUUGAGCACUUAAAUAGUUAGAGCUUCAAACAGGCAGAAGUGGUAGGAAUUGCGUAGUGUAAACCCGCUAGAGGAAAGACUUUAUGUAGAACCAACCGAAGGUUUUGUUUUUGUUUUUCUGUUGGGGUUUUUUUUUGUUUUUGUAUGUUUUGGUGCAGACGUUAGAAUUCUCUGCCUUAUUCAUAUGGAUUAAUAGGGCUCACUGCUGUGGCACCAUCGGUAUUCAUCCAGCCCUAGGUACUUUUAUAGAAUUAUUCGUUGCAAACUCGUGACCGUCCGAUAUUGGCUUUCUUUUAUGUAAGUCAUUUGUAAACAUUUCUUAUAAAUUUUGCUUUUGCUAAUAUUUAAUUUUCAAUAAAAAUUA